AUGGAGAAGAAUGAAGCAAAAGGGGAAAAAUCCUUAGUAUUACAAUCUACCAAAAUUGAUCCAGAUGAAGAUGACACUGAGGUUGCCUAUUUGGCAAAAAGAAUUGUUAGUGCUAUGAAGAAGAGUAGUCAGUUCCAAAGGAGUGGAAGCAGCAACAAAAGAGAAAGCAAUGUUGAGGUUUGUCAUAAAUGUAAAAGUUCUGAGCAUUUCAUUAAGGAUUGUCCCUUACACAAAAUGGAUUAUCAGGAUUACCUCAAGACUAUUGGUGAAAAAGAAAAGAACAGGGACCAGAGGAUGAAAGAAAAGGAGGUUACUCUUUCUGAUAUUAAGGAGAAUCUUGAUAAUUAUACUGCUAGGAAGAUAAAAGGUUUUGCUAAUGUCUUGAUUGACUCUAUAUGUGAACUGACUGCUGAGAAGAAUGCCUUGGAAGAAAAAAAUAAAUAA